ACGUCGGGGAAAUUCCCGGAAUGUGCCACCAUUUCUAAUUGAUGCACACCUGUUGUUUAGCACGUGUUGUGUGACCCAAGAAGCUUUUGUUUUCUAGACUUCGUCCCGUGUCUCGUGUCUCCCCUCUUACUACUUUUCACGAACACCAUGAAGUCGGCCUCGUCCACCUCGGUAGGAACAGGGAGGGCUGGCUCGGGGACCAAGUCACCGCGUGGUUCCUCUGGAGGUGGCCUUCGACAGAGACGUAGCACCAACACACAGACGGUCACUUCGAGGGCUCGGGGGGCAGGGGGAGGGGCUGGCAGCAUGUGGAAGUUCUACACUGGAGACGACUCUCCAGGCUUCAAAAUUGGGCCUGUUCCAGUGCUGGUAAUGAGUCUGCUGUUCAUUGCCUGUGUCUUCCUCCUCCACAUCUGGGGCAAAUACUCACGAUCAUAGACUGGGAACCAACCUCACAUUCAAUAUUUCUGUGCAUUGAAUCACAUCAUACUGUGCAUGCA